AUACUUUACACGGCUAUGGAGUGGUUAAAUUUCUGGAAAAAAAAAACCCCUUUCAAGGAAUUUCGCCCACACCCAUGCCUUUCCGGCGCCCUGUGAUAAGCUCGCUUGGCGGAGGUACUUGCUCCGAUAUUUCUGGAGCCCAUCCCUAGCGGCUGGCCAUAAAACCCUGAUAAUCUGGUCGACUGGCUGAACCCAUGCAUUGGUCCACGAUUAGAUUGCUAUAGAAAUGGUCAGUGCACGGAACCUAUUGUUGCUAUCCUCGUCGCGUUUGCACGGCCAUGGCUACUUGGAGCAUGCGCGCGGCCAGCUGGAGGAUCUCUUCAAGAGUGCCAAUGUGAAGACCGUGCUCUUUGUGCCCUACGCUCUGCGGGAUCACGACAAGUACACUGCCACUGUGCGGGAUGCACUGCAGCCGUGGGGAUUCAAUGUGGAGGGACUGCACACGAAGCCGGAUCGCGAGCAGGCGUUGAGGGAGGCACAGGCCAUCUUCGUGGGCGGCGGCAACACCUUCGUGCUGCUGCGCUCCCUCUACGAGAUGAAGUUGCUCGAUCCGAUCAGGGAACUGGUGCUCCAGCGUGGAUUGCCGUACGUGGGCAGCAGUGCGGGCACGAAUGUGGCAACCCGAUCCAUCCACACGACCAACGACAUGCCGGUGGCCUAUCCGCCGAGCUUUGAGGCGCUCGCCCUCGUCCCCUUCAACAUCAAUCCGCACUAUCUGGAUCCGGAGGCGGGCAGUCGGCACAAGGGCGAGACGCGGGACGAGCGGCUGGAGGAGUUCGUGGCCUACCAUGGACUGCCCGUGCUGGGUCUUCGCGAGGGCACCAGUGUCCGGGUUCAGGGCGAGAAGGCCAUCCUCCUGGGCGAUCGCAAUGCCAAGCUGUUCAAGGCUGACGGUGGCACCGAGGAGCUAGCACCCCAAGCGGAUCUCACCUUCCUGCUGCAGAAAUAACCAAGCAAAACGAUCGAAUUAAAGAAAACCUUGAUGUUUAUUGUACAUAUGCACAUUCAUAAUUUGUUUUAUUCUGCAAUAACAACAAUUCCUACACGUAAACAGUA